UGCUCUGCCAUAAUGCAAUUUUAGACUCCAAGUUCCAAUAAUUCUAUCCUUGGUAGGGAAUCUGUUUGGGGGAAGUCUUAUUAAGAACUCUUCUUUAUUUCAUAAUGGCAGGAGAGGCUUAUUGUCAUUUGUACAUACUUUGUUCUCUCAAAACCCUUUCUUUCCAUGUGGCACCAACACAGCACAGAGUGCACAGGUUACUAUGAUACCCUUCCAGUUAAGGAGGCUGAUGGGAACCAGCCCCAUUUUAAGGGAGUGACCAGCCUGAGGAACUUGGGCAACACAUGCUACACAAAUGCCAUCUUAUAGUGUCUCUGCAGUAUCUCACCACUGGUGGAAUACUUCCUCUCUGGGACGUACAUCACUGCUUUUCAAAACGAUUGCAGUGAGGUUGUCGUGGCUUUUGCCUACCUUAUGACAGACAUGUGGCUUGGAGACUCAGACUGUGUCUCAACAGAAAUAUUCCAAUCAGCUCUUGGCAACCUCUACCCAAAAUUUACGAAAAAGACACAAAAAGAUGGUCAGGAAUUCUUGAUUUAUGUCCUAAAUGAACUUCAUGAAGCUCUAAAAAAUUACCACUAUUCCUGGAGAAGAUCAUAUGAGAAAGGACCUACUCAGAGAUGCUGCAGGAAGUCAGUUACCACUGAGACAUCCAUCAUCACCCGGCUGUUUGAAGGGCAGCUCAGUUACAGCAUCGUAUGUUUAAAGUGUGAGAAAUGCACCUACAAGAACGAAGUUUUCACUGUCCUCUCACUCCCCAUUCCAUCCGAAUAUGAAUGUUCCCUUCAGUUUGGGGGCGGUGGUUUGUCCUGUGACCUUACUGCUCUGUUUGACAGUCAGGGUGCAAUGAAAAGGAAGCUGAGAAUGGAUAUUCCUUACCCACUCACUAACUUGGACCUCACUCUUUAUAUUUCCCCAAUUUUCCAGAAACAUCCUAAAUACAACCUCUGUGCAGUGGUGAACCAUUUUGGUGAUCUAGAUGGUGGCCACUAUGCUGCUUUCUGCAAGAAUUCGGUCACACAGGCCUGGUAUAGCUUUGAUGAACGAGUCGGUGAGAUUCCAGGUACUUCCGUUCAAAACACUACAGCUGAUCUCCUGUUCUACAGCUGUCAGCCCUUUUCCAUACUGAUACAAAAGUGUUAAAAGCCAGGAAAAUGGUGUUUCUGGAACACUGCAAAACAAGCAGUCAGCAUGUGGUGGUAGAGUUUUGUCAUUAAACUCUUACAACGUACUUGCAUCAACAUUUUUACGUCUUUCGGGAAUGUUAUACAACCUUUUAUCUUAAGUCUGUCACCCAGAAGAUGGGUCCUGGUUCACUGAAAAAGGCAGUGUGAAGAUAAUGCAAUGCUAAUGGACAGAGGCCUUCAAAACACUGCAGAUUAUUACAUAAUGAGUUCAGGUUUCAAAAUUCAGUGUUUAUCAGAAAAUAUCUCAUAUAUAGUAAACAAAUUAUUUUCCAAAGAUACUUCAAUAAUUUUUAUUCAAAUGGCUCUGUGAGUUUAAGAAUGUGAUCUGCAUAUAUCUGAUACAAUAAUUUAGCCAAUAAGUAAGUGGUAAGUUUCUUAGACUAACUAACUGUAAAACAUGAAGCUUUCAGCUUCACAAUCUGAACCCCAUCCUUUCAUCUUCUCCCUGAAAGCCUGCUAAUGGUGAUCUCUUUCUGAAGUACUUUUAGAAUCUUAUUUUAUAUAGAGUGUUUUAUUGGCUACACAUAUAGCUGAGUCC